GCAAUGUGAGUUGCCAACCUUUCAUGCCUUAUCUCUCAAAUGGCAACCAUGCCCAAUUCUCCAGAUUGGUCACUAGCUUGUGUUCACUGCAAUCAAAGAAUUCAUCAUCACUUGAUCCCCUUCAAUUCAUCUUCAAUAAUCAAAUCAAAAUCUUUUCUCUUUCUCUCUUUCCUCAGCUCAACUUCAAGGCUUUUAGUUUCAAGUACCUCAUCUAGCUGCAAACAACCAAUUCUUGAAGAUGCAUCCUCUCAUUCUCCUCCUGUGGCUGAACUUGAGCUCAAGUUACAGGAUUUGGAGCUCCCGAAGACGACGAAAAUAGAGGACUCAAAUGGGUUGAUUUGCACUAUGUUUAAAGACCCCAAGAAUCAUCAACUUGGGUUUGAGUAUUAUCAAAAGGCUAAAGAAUUGCCAGAGUUUAGACCACAGAAUGCCACCAUAAAGCAUCUGGUCAGGUACUUGAUACGUUCGAAAUCUUGGAAUUCUAUAUGGUCAUUAUGCGAAGAUUUUGAGAAAUUUCAUGUGUAUCCUGACAGUUCUACAUGUUGUAAAUUAAUUAGUAGCUGCAUUAGAGCUAGAAAAUUUAAACUUGUAAAUAAAAUUAUUGAUCUACUGAAAUGUGGUGAUGGUACUCAAGGGAUUGUUGUUUUGGCAUUCGAGACGGCGAUGAGAGGCUAUAACAAACUUCAUAUGUAUAAAUCCACAAUUGAAAUGUAUGAAGAUAUGAAAUCAGCUGGCAUUUUGUUAGACCCUGGAUGUUAUUGCCAGAUAAUGGAAGCUUAUAUGAAAAUAGGGAAUAAUGAUAGAGUUGUGGCAUUGUUUCAAGAAUUCGAGAUGAAAGUAGACUGGACACCUUUUCUGCCUCAAAUUUAUCGAAUUCUAUGUGAAUCAUUAGGUAGAUCUGGAAGGGCUUUUGAGGCUCUUGAGUUCUUUAGAGACAUGACUAAGAAGGGGUUUCCUGAGGAUUCUUCGUUUUACUCGACAUUGAUUUGUGCAUUUGCGGAUAUUAAAGAUGUGAAGAUGGCUGAGGAGCUAAUGAUCGAAGCCGAGGGAAAGAAAAUGUUGAAGGAUCCAGCUACAUAUUUGAAGCUUGUUUUAAUGUACAUUGAGCAGGGGAUGAUGGAGAAAACUCUUGAUGUAGCUGCGGUGAUGAGACGUAUGAAUAUUAAGGUAUCCGACUGCAUAUUAUGCGCUAUUGUGAAUGGAUACUCAAAGAAGAGAGGGCUAAGUCACACAGUUAAGGUUUAUGAAGACCUUAUAUCAGAGGGAUGUGAGCCUGGCCAAGUGACUUAUGCUUCGAUUAUAAAUGUCUAUUGUAGACUUGGAUUACAUUCCAGGGCAGAGGAAGUAUUUUCGGAGAUGGAGCAAAAAGGGAUUUACAAAUGCAUGGUGGCCUAUUCUAGUAUAAUUGCAAUGUAUGGUAAAACUGAUAGGAUAAGGGAUGCCAUGAGGCUUGUUGCUAAGAUGAAAGAAAGGGGCUGUGCACCAAAUGUAUGGAUAUACAAUUCUCUGUUGGAUAUGCAUGGGAAAGUUGUUAAUUUGAGACAAGUCGAAAAAAUUUGGAAGGAAAUGAAGCGAAGGAAGGUUGUGCCAGACAGGGUUAGUUAUACGAGCAUUAUAAACGCCUACAAUAAAGCUAAAGAGUUGGAAAAGUGUGUGGAAUAUUUUGAAGAAUACAGGCUUAAUGGCGGUGGCAUUGAUAAGGCAAUGGCUGCUAUAAUGGUUGGUGUUUUCUCUAAGACAAACAACGUAAAUGAGUUAGUCAAGCUUUUGCAGGACUUGAAUGCAGAAGGGAUUCAAUUAGAUGGAAGGCUGUAUAGAUCAUCUUUAAAUGCCUUGAGGGAUUCCGGGAUGCAAGCUCAAGCCAAAUGGUUGUUGCAGAGCUUUGAAGCAAGAUAAGUUCUACUUGAUCACAUGUUUUUAAACGUCGUAUGUAGUAAUCAAGACUCUCGCGUCAACAAGAUCCCUGAGUUUGUACUUCAUUGAACAUGAUGAUCAGAGUUUAAAGGUGUAAUAUAUUUUGAGGCAUGGCUCUGCGGCCUGAAGGUUUAGUUAUAAUGUCAAAAAUUUUGUAGCUGAAUGUAUCAGACACAUUUGAGUACAAGUUCAAACAGAGUAGUUUAUCUAUUCAUUUCUGACAAAGCAAUCAGUCAAUUGGAAUUAAAGAUUUUGAUUA